AUAAAGAUGCGGCUUUUCCAUUCAGCAGAGGGUGUGUUUAGGACGGAGCUGAAGCCAAGAGUCACUCAGCAGUAAACAACAGGUGUGUGGGAUGGAGGUCGUUCAAAGUUUCCCCCAUAGCUCACUAACGCGUUGUAACCUGUUCCUUUCUGUUGUAUCUCUAAAAUUAAAUUAAUUGUCGGCGGUGUAGCUGAAAGUUGGUCCCGUUGCAGCCAGCAGACACCUGAAGGUGUGUGAAGGAGAAUCCUCACAUUAGCAGGCAGACGUGGGUGGGCACACCUUCCAUCAAUUAUGCCUAAAGUGUAAAUAAUAUUACCUGUUCAUUUUAAUUAAUCAAUAGAUCUUUACAUUUCAGUCGUUUGACCUCUGAUCCAAGUUUACUCAUUUAUGUGGUAUUAUUUAGCUCAAUUCAAACUAAACACGUGUCAAUGGAGCGCAAAAGUUUGAUGUCCUGAUGGAAAACCCAGAUGACAGGACCGACUGAAACCAGUCCGACUGGCCCUUCUGGCGGCGUGAUCUGAAAUGAAAUUAAUUACGCAACAAAACCUUUCUUGCCACCUGUUCGUUUUACAGGUUUGCUUUUACAAGAGUUGUUUUGCUCAUCCAUAUCUAGAUGUGCUCGAACACGUCAUAAUCCCUCAAUCCUCCCGUUUCGCUUCUGUCCUUCACCCAUCAUCUCUCCACAAUCAUGUUGUCAUUCCACCAGUAGAGUCCCCAGUUUGUUUCGUGUUCGUUUCCCUUAUGCGCAGCGGAAAGAUGAUCUCCCCGAGGGACAGACGCAUGUCGUGCCUGUGGGGCUUGAGUCUGCUUUAUGCUGCUUCUUUUCUACUAAGCAGCGCGAUGGCAGAUGACGGGGUUUUCCUGAAUUGCAGCACGCCUGUGACAGUCCAAGCUCGAAACAGCGUUUGGCUGAACUGCACCAUAAGUCCCAGAGAAGGGAAAUUUAAUGGUACUAGGUAUAGGUGGGAAGACGGCACAGGAACUAUUUGUAGCGACGGGAUGCAAGAAAUCUGCAGCUGGGAUAAUGAAACAUAUGUGAGGUUGUUCAUCCAAGAUGUUGUGAAAGAGAACAAUUACACUGUUAAAAUAAUGGGGGACAAAGGUACGGCCGAAUCAACCAUCCAAGUGCAAGUAAUCAAGAAUAAUGCGAAAGAGAACGAUUCUACUGUUGUUGCUGAAACAGCCAUCAAUGAGGCAGUAAUCAAAAGAACAAGGGAUUUACAAGCCAAGAUGGCCAACCAUGAGAUGGUCAUCUUGAUUACUUUCAUCGGCGUCAUCAUUGCUCUGGGACUUUUGUAUUUCCUGUUUGGAACCCGCAGAGGCAGAAAGAUGCUGACAGCUGUCAGGAAGGAAAAGGCUCAAGGGGACUACUGUGGCCUAAACGCCAGAGACACUGCCUGAAAUUUGCGUGCGUGUGUGUGGUUUUUUUUAAAUGUGUGGCUCACCACAAGCCUUUGAAAAAAAAAAAUCACACUGUUUUUUUAACAAAUUAUUUGAGGUUUUCUUUACAGAUAUAUCUGUGUAAAAAUAAAGAUUCAAUUAAAGAGAAACGUGUGGCUGUUUUCUAGACCUGAAAACUGAGUCUGGUGUGCAAAAUCAAUGGGUC